CUCGCUACAUUCUUAGCUGCAACAACAGCAACCAUCAUCAACAAUCCGUCUGCACUAGAUUUGUUCAUUUUUUUUUCUCCCACUUGCACUCUUUGUAAAAGUAAAUACAUGCAAAGCAAAGCAAACGUAUGAGCUAGUAGCCAGGGUUUUUGCCAGCCAGGAAGUUCAUAUCUGCUAAGCUAGUUUGUGGCUCCAAAUGUGAUCUACUGAAAGAUUUUUUGAUCUCAAGUUGCAGAAAUCUUUCCGGGGGUAAGUCUUUCUAGACAAUAAACGAGACACAAACUUACCUGAUAAUUAUGCUUCCUGAGAAGAACGGUGAAAGUGGUUUGGUUUCCAUUCAAGACUUGCAUAAAUAAGGAGUGUCUUGAUCUGGGUUUUCGGUAAGGAGCUUCUGAUAUUUGGUUUUGGUCACAUUUUCUACUCCAUUGGUAUUUUCUUGAUGGAAAUCAUUAUUUAUACUGCUGCUUACUUUUUGCUCUCUUGAAGCAUGGAUGCAAAUGGUGCAGUAUGAGGUUUCAAUGUAGAAUUUAGCUUUUGCAUAGGCAUUUGACUGUUUUCUUUACUGAUUUAUUAUACGCAUUCUGGGAGAAUGCAACUUAAAAGCAUUAAAGUCUUAUUCAAAUUCUAGUUCUGGUGGCCAAUUAUCUAAAUAUAGUGUUGAUGUGGGUGUGGAUAUCAUAAUCUUUGAAUAGUUAGGUUCGUGCUGUGCGAUGGGAGUUGUCAGCUUAGUGCUGAGAGAUUCCUCUCUCUGGGUCUUAAAGUGGAAAGUUGAAUUUCUUGUACAACUUGUGGCUUUAUUAAAUUUGUGGUGGGUAGUUUCAGGUUUGGGCUCAAUGUCUACCAUUGCCAUUUCUUAUGGUGAGAAUGGUCCUGUUUUCUGUGGUUUGAAAUCUGAUGGUUCUCAUCUUGUGACCUGCUAUGGAUCAAACUCUGCGAUAAUCUACGGGACUCCUUCUCAUUUCCCGUUUGCGGGUCUAAGUGCCGGUGAUGGCUUUGUUUGUGGACUGUUGAUGGAUUCCAGCCAACCUUAUUGUUGGGGAAGCAGUGGCUAUAUCCAAAUGGGAGUUCCUCAGCCAAUGAUCAAGGGAGCUGAGUACUUAGAAAUCAGUGCAGGCGAUUACCAUUUAUGUGGUUUGAGAAAGCCUUUAACAGGAAAGCGUAGAAAUUAUGCUUUGGUUGAUUGUUGGGGGUAUAAUAUGACCAAGAACUAUGUAUUUGAUGGGCAGAUCCAAUCAAUCUCUGCAGGUUCUGAGUUUAACUGUGGAUUGUUUUCUCAGAACAGGACUGUUUUUUGUUGGGGUGAUGAGACCAGUAGCCGUGUCAUUAGCCUGAUUCCAAAGGAAAUGAGGUUUCAAAAGGUUGCAGCUGGUGGUUAUCAUGUUUGUGGAAUUUUGGAGGGGUUGAAUUCUAGAGCCUUUUGCUGGGGAAGGAGCUUGAACCUUGAAGAAGAACUCUCAGUGGCAUAUUCUCGUCCCGGAAAUGUUGAUUUGCCACCAAAAGAUCCCAUGCUUAUGGUUGUUGGAGGGAGGUUCCAUGCUUGUGGAAUCAAGAGCUAUGAUCAUGAAGUGGUUUGCUGGGGUUUUAUUGUCAAACCAAGUACCCCAGCUCCUACAGGCGUUAAAGUCUAUGGAAUUGCAGCUGGAAAUUACUUCACUUGUGGUGUUAUAGCCGAGAAAUCCUUUCUCCCAGUUUGUUGGGGUGAUGGGUUCCCUACCUCUCUCCCUCUGGCUGUCUCACCUGGCCUUUGCAAGGACACUCCUUGUGCACCUGGUUCCUAUGAAGUUAGUCAUGAGGAUGCACCUUGCAAGUCUCCUAGCUUUCAUAUUUGUAUGCCCUGCGGCAAUGGCUGCCCUGCUGAAAUGUACCAAAAAACUGAAUGUACUUUGAAAUCUGAUCGAAUGUGUGAGUAUAAUUGCUCUAGUUGUAAUUCAGUGGAAUGCUUCUCAAAUUGUUCUUCUUCUUAUUCUGAUGCUGCUAAUGGAAGAAAGAAUGAAAGGUUCUGGUCACUGCAAUUGCCAAUCAUCGUCGUGGAGAUUGCCUUUGCUGUUUUACUGGUGAUUAUUGUGUCUUUAACUGCAGUUUUAUAUGUUCGCUACAGGUUACAGAACUGUCACUGCUCAUCAAAAGAGUCAAAGUCCAAGAAAGCUAACGGGAGUACUUCUUACCAAAAAGAUAACGGGAAAAUUCGUCCAGACUUGGAUGAACUUAAGAUUAGGAGAGCUCAUAUGUUCACUUAUGAAGAACUUGUGAGGGCCACAGGUGGGUUCAAAGAAGAAUCUGUGGUGGGAAAAGGAAGUUUCUCUUGUGUUUACAAGGGGGUAUUGAAGGAUGGAACUGUUGUUGCAGUCAAAAAGGCUAUAAUGUCCUCAGAUAAGCAGAAGAAUUCAAAGGAGUUCCAUACAGAGCUAGAUCUACUGUCAAGACUGAACCAUGCCCAUCUAUUGAAUCUGCUUGGCUAUUGUGAAGAAGGUGGCGAAAGGCUUCUUGUUUAUGAGUUCAUGGCUCAUGGAUCUUUGCAUCAGCAUCUUCAUGGAAAGAACAAAGCCUUGAAAGAGCAAUUGGAUUGGGUCCGAAGGGUCACAAUCGCAGUCCAAGCUGCUCGUGGAAUUGAAUACUUGCAUGGUUACGCUUGCCCACCAGUGAUCCAUAGGGACAUCAAGUCCUCAAAUAUUCUCAUCGAUGAAGAACACAAUGCUCGAGUGGCUGAUUUUGGUCUCUCUUUGCUAGGACCUGCUGAUAGUAGCUGCCCAUUAGCUGAGCUACCUGCUGGAACACUUGGUUAUCUUGAUCCGGAGUACUAUAGGCUUCACUACCUCACAACUAAAUCCGAUGUCUAUAGCUUUGGAGUGUUACUUUUGGAAAUCCUAAGUGGACGAAAAGCUAUUGACAUGCAAUAUGAAGAAGGGAAUAUAGUGGAGUGGGCCGUUCCUCUGAUUAAAUCAGGAGACAUAUCUGCCGUUCUUGAUCCACUCUUGAAACGUCCAGCUGACCUCGAAGCGUUAAGAAAGAUUGCAAAUGUGGCUUGCAAGUGUGUGAGAAUGAGAGGAAAGGAAAGGCCAUCAAUGGAUAAAGUGACCACAGCUUUGGAGCGGGCUCUUGCACAGUUGAUGGGCAGUCCAUGUAGUGAACAACCAAUUUUGCCAACUGAGGUGAUCUUGGGAAGUAACAGAUUGCACAAGAAGUCCUCCCAACGAUCUUCGAAUAGGUCAGCCUCGGAAACUGAGGUAGCAGAACCUGAGGAUCAAAGGUUUGAGUUUAGAGCUCCUUCAUGGAUUACUUUCCCCAGUGUAACUUCCUCUCAGAGGAGAAAAUCCUCAGUAUCGGAUGCAGAUGUUGAUGGAAAGAACUUAGAAGGAAGGAACAUGGGCAAUGUGGGGAGUGUUGGGGAUGCUUUGAGAAGCUUGGAGGAAGAGAUAGGGCCUGCAUCCCCUCAAGAAAGCUUGUUCUUGCAGCACAAUUUCUGAAUUUGUAGUCUGUGUGUUGUUGAAGGUAAUGGAAAUGUAAAAAAGGAGAAGGGAAGGAUGUAACUUGCAUGGAUUUCUCGUACCACUACCACGGCCAUGACUACCGCAUCUUGUUUUUGUAACUUGCAACUGCUUAAUUUUGAGUGAUUCUGUUCUGACAACUUGGUGUUUCUUUUUGCUAGGAAAACUAGAUUUAUCCCUUAAUUGUUACUUUGAAUUCUUUCUUGUGACAAUUGUACGGAUCAUGGUAACUUCUUUGCUCAAUGUCUCUUUUAACAGCUAAUGGAUGAAACUCCUGUUUGCUCUUCA